GCGCACGUGGCGUCGUGACGCACCGUCGGCGACGCCGGGGUUUGUGUGCGCGAGAGGCCGCCGAUAAAGGUUGGGUGCCUCGUGCCGGGGGCCGUUGGGAGGGAGCGCACCCCCGCCCCCUCCCCGGCCCCCACUCCUGCACCUCAGCUAUUGGGGCCCCGCCUUCCCGUCGGCCCCCGCGGGAAGGCCCUGGGUCUCCCCCGCUCGUUCCCCGGUCGGGGCCGCAGGUGUGAUGGUUGGAUCCCACGCGGACAUGGCGCCGGCCUCUACCGCAGAGGGUGCCGGGGAGAAGCCGGGACCCGCGGCUCCCGCUCCGACGGCCCAGUAUGAGUGUGGGGAGUGCGGCAAGUCCUUUCGCUGGUCAUCCCGGCUCCUGCACCACCAACGCACGCACACGGGAGAGCGGCCCUAUAAGUGCCCCGAUUGCCCCAAGGCCUUCAAGGGCUCCUCGGCCCUGCUGUACCACCAGCGGGGCCACACGGGCGAGCGGCCCUACCAGUGCCCCGACUGCCCCAAGGCCUUCAAGCGCUCGUCACUGCUGCAGAUCCACCGCAGCGUGCACACAGGCCUGCGGGCCUUCACCUGCGGCCAGUGCGGCCUGGCCUUCAAGUGGUCCUCGCACUACCAGUACCACCUGCGGCAGCACACGGGCGAGCGACCAUACCCUUGCCCGGACUGCCCCAAGGCCUUCAAGAACUCUUCCAGCCUGCGGCGCCACCGGCACGUGCACACGGGCGAGCGGCCCUACCGCCCUUUCGCCUGCCCGAUCUGUGGCCGCAGCUUCGUCAUGGCUGCCUACCUGCAGCGGCACCUGAGGACGCAUGCCCCCGCCAACACUGCUUCCGGCCCCGCAGCCCCGCCUGCCGGCCCCCCGCCUCCUGCCCCACUGGCUGCCGCCCCAGCCCCCUCUGCCACCCAAGAUGUCCACGUCCUCCCCCACCUCCAGGCCACACUGUCCCUGGAGGUGGCAGGGGGUACGGCCCAGGCCACACCCCCGGGCCCAGCAGCCCCCAACUCCCAGACGUUUCUCCUGGUGCAGACUGCCCAGGGUCUCCAGCUGAUCCCCAGCAGCGUCCAACCCUCCACACCCCCGCCCCCACCUGCACCCCCCAAGCUCAUCUUGCUGCCCUCCUCCAGUACUGGUGGUGGGGGCAGCCAUGCCAGGCAGGGCCCACGAGCUGUGGGGAAAGCUGGUCAGGGGGCUGGAGUAGUCUGGCUGCCAGGCCCUGGAGGGUUAGGGAUGCAGGGAGGGAGCAACACCGGGGCCAGCACGGGAGGGCAGAGCCUCAUAGUUCUGCAGAAUGUGGGGGGUGGGGAGACAGGGCCGCAGGAAGUGAGUGGGGUCCAGCUCCAGCCCCUUCGGUCAGCCCCAGAACUGACCACGGUCCAGAUCCAGCCAGCCCAGGAGGUGACCACGGUCCAGCUCCAGCCAGCACAGGAGGUGACCACGGUCCAGCUCCAGCCAGCACAGGAGGUGACCACGGUCCAGCUCCAGCCUGUGGCAGGUCAGCUGUCCAGUUCCAGUGGCGGAGCCGUGACUACUGAGGCCCCUAACCUACUGGUGGUUCAGAGUGGGGCAGCCGAGGAGUUGCUGGCAGGCCCUGGCCCCGGGGAGCCUGGUGAUGGUGAGGCCAGCACUGGUGUGGUCCAGGAUGUGCUCUUUGAGACCCUGCAGACGGAUGAGGGGUUGCAGAGCGUCCUGGUGCUGAGCGGGGCUGAUGGGGAGCAGACCCAGCUGUGUGUGCAGGAAGUGGAGACCCUACCCCCAGGGCUGGCUGAGCCGCCAGCGCCUGGCCCACAGGGACAGAAACUGCUCAUUAUCCGCAGUGCUUCAGCCACCGAGCUGCUGGAGAAUGGCAGCGUUGGGGGAGGUGCAGCCGCGCUGCAGCUGCUGGCCCCACCACCACCUAGCCCGGCCUCUGCUCCGGUGGGCCUCCCUGCGGCUCCUGCCUCCCAGAUGGUACAAGUGGUCCCUGCAGGAGCUGCACCUGGUGGCAUGACCUCACAGGGUCUACCCUCUAUCCAGAUUGUCCAGACUCUGCCCGCAGUCCAGCUGGUGCACACGUUUUGACUAGAGCCACUGUUACCUCUUCCUGCCCUACACAGAGACCCGGACGCACUGUCCACCAUGGCUAAGCUAAGAUCGGGGGAGGGGAGCUGCAGGCUGGACUUGCUAAUAAAGACCAGAAUCUCCU